UCCAAUGUCCGACUCGAUCUCAGAGAGCGUCGCUCUCGUCCGCUCUCAGCUCGAGAAACGAAGACUCGACGGACGAACCCUUCAGAUCUUGGAAUCGGUUCUGGUCGCGCGUGAUGUGCAGUCGCUUCUCGAAACCAGGUCGGCCUUGCGGCAGCUCUUUCGAUCCGAGGCCUUGUCGGUCAUGGGAGGAAUCUCGGGCAUGACGGUGGAUCGGAAGCUCAGCACCGUUCAGUUCUUCGUCUGGGCCUUUGCUCUUGUCGGGGAUGUCGAGAGUUGUUUGUUGCUCAAAUAUGAAGCUCUGGUUCUACGGGAGUCAAAGCAUCUUAAAAUUCAUGGUCUAGAAGUUUCAUAUGAGGAAUGGUUGACUUUUGCCAAGGACUCACUUGAUAAUGGAUUUUACCCAGUUGCCAUACAGGGUUUUGAAAGGGCACUUCAUUGCUUCCAAACCGAAAAAAUUGAAGAUCCAGAGUUUAUGUCAUCCGAGGAUGCACAUAUUAUCAAGUAUAUAAAAAAACUGAAAGAUGUUGCAGCAUCAUUAAUUGCAUCAUGUUCUGUUCAGACGCAGUCUGCAGAAUAUUUGAAAAGAAAAGGCACACAAGAAAAUAUAUGCAUUUCGUGCUCAAGUAGGACAAAUCAUGUAGCCAGUUCAAUGUUCAGAUGUGGUAUAAAGAAAAGGAACAUGCAAAAGCUGCAAAGAAGUCAAGGUCUGCCGAAGGAAAUAGGGUUAACUGGUAAAAAGUUUUGAUUGCUUUUUAAAGCAAAGUUCUGAAGCUCAACGUCAGCGCGUUUUGACCAACAUUUUGCAUGUUUUCAGUAGAAUUUGAUAAAAACUUCUUUGCAUUGUAAAGGCAUUUAGUUCUAGGUUAACUUGGUCAGAAAUCAUUCGGAGUAGGAUGGCAUGUUAGUUCUUUGUCUUUGCUUUAUGGACUUCAUUGCUGUUGAAAUUGGCACUGUACAACAGUCUGUAUCAUUGCUUGAAGAUUCACAAAGGGACCAAGUUGCUAUGUUUUCUGGAUUCGGAAGGGGAAGUGGCUACUUACUGAUAGUUUUAUUGUGCUUGAGUCUAUUCCCUCGGGAAAUGGCCACUGCUGCUAGUAAGAUGGAUGGCUUGGUGAUAUUACUGAAGUGGUAUUUGUCUGCAGUGUAUCUAAUCCUCUUGAAGUCAGAGUGGGCAUCAUAUAUGUAUGUUGAUAAUCUUAGUCAUUACAGCUAAUUACUGGACUCAUCUAUGACUGUGGCCUACAUUUUUGGCUUGCGACAUGCCGGGGUUCUAAUGAUAUAUAUAAGGGUGGUAAUUUGUUGCAAUUUUUGAUGAUAAUGAUCCACUCUGAUCCUCUGGUAGAUCUUAGUAUAGCAGCUGAUCAGAUGACUGAAUUAGGCAAACUUAUGCUGUGGAGCUCUCAAUUUCCUAUUGAUGUUAGUGAUUGAGAUCGGACGGAC